AAUUUCCCUAUCGUAUUUAUUUACUUUCCUGCGUUCAUGUGUAGUGCGCGUAUUCUUCUCUGAUAUCUGUAAUAUAAGUUACGAAGUUAGCAUAUAAUGAGUUUUAUCAUUAAUUUCAUAAGGAAAAUAUUACAAACUAUGUUGCAGUUAGUGUCAGUUGGUAAACGUACGAUAUCAAACUCUUUGAAUGUAUACAUCAAAACGAAUACGGGAUGUACGCUGUCAGUUGAUCUAGACCCGAAAUGGUAUAUUAAAGAUGUAAAGGAGCUGGUUGCACCACGGUUGGGAUUAUCACCUGAAGAAGUUAAAAUCAUUUUCGCAGGAAAAGAACUCCAUGAUUCAAUCGUUAUAGAGGAGUGUGAUCUGGGCCAGCAGAGUAUUCUGCACGCUGUGAGAUCCCAUGCUUCCCACAGGAAGAAGCCUGGAUCAGAGUCUCCUAGUGAGGGCUCAAAGCCUCUCAAUGAGACACUCAUGGACCUCCAGUUGAGUGACCAUGAGCGUCGCAGUGUCAGGACUGAUGAAGAUCGCGAGAGAAAGCGUGCACACUUCUAUGUAUACUGUGCAUGGCCUUGUAAAGAGAUGAAACUUGGCAAGCUGCGUGUGCGCUGCGCAUCUUGUCGGAGUGGUGCCUUUACUGUGGACAGGGAUCCACAGUGUUGGGAUGAUGUCUUAGAAGGUAGAAGAAUCACUGGUGAUUGUCAGAAUGAUAGCUGUAUUGGGAGUGAUGAUGGACCAAAAUUUGCAGAGUUCUACUUCAAAUGUUUUGAACACACAUCACAGGGAGAAGAUGACCAGGCUGUGCCAUUAUAUCUUAUCAAGUCAAAUGUGCGAGAUGUUCCUUGCCUCGCAUGCACUGAUGUCAGUGACCCUGUGCUGGUGUUUCCGUGCGACUUGGCACACGUCACGUGCCUAGAGUGCUUCCGAGCAUACUGUGUUGCUCGACUCCGGGACCGUCAAUUCUGGUCGCAUCCAGAGCAUGGCUACACGCUGCCCUGCCCGGCAGGUUGCAAGGACUCCCUCAUUACAGAGGUGCACCACUUCCGACUGCUCACCCCUGCUCAGUAUGCACAGUACCAGAGGUUUGCAACAGAGGAGUAUGUUCUUCAGGCAGGUGGGGUGUUCUGCCCUCAGCCAGGGUGUGGCAUGGGCAUCAUUGCUGAGCCAGAGUGUCGAAGGAUCACGUGUACCAACGGCUGUGGCUUUGUAUUCUGCCGCCAGUGCCUGCAGGGUUACCAUCUGGGAGAGUGUGUUCAUGAGGGUGAUGGCAGUGGAACCAGUGCAUCCACAGGAGACUGUCAGUACAAUGUGGAUCCAGGCCGUGCAGCUCAGGCCCGGUGGGAUGAGGCAACCAAGGUGGCCAUAAAAGUGACGACAAAACCCUGUCCCAAGUGUCGUACCCCAACAGAGCGAGCUGGUGGCUGUAUGCACAUGGUCUGCACACGUCCUCAGUGCAACUUCCACUGGUGCUGGGUCUGCCAGACAGAGUGGUCCCGUGACUGUAUGGGCAGCCAUUGGUUUGGCUAGACAUGCACAGAAUGUUCAAAAGAAAACCUGGAUUCUUAUGUGUCCUGACUGUUUGAAUAUUGUUCCUGAAAUCAAUAUUUUUAUGGUUCCUUUGGUGGUCACAUGAAAACUGAAGAAACUGAAUACAUAAUGUCCACUGUAAAAAAUGUACCGUGUAUUAAUUAUAAAUAAAUUAAUUUAUGGAAAACUUGU